AAUGGUGACGAUCUCUUCAAUAUUUGGGCGACGGGAGGAUUACGGGCUUAAAAAGCAAAGGCAUAUUGCCAGCCUUUAGUUUCUCUUAAAAAAUACGACAUUCACGCCUUCCGCUUUCUUGCGUACCUGCGACUUAGUAAUAAUUCGCUUCCACCUAUAAAAUAGGUGACUACUUGGACGGUUCGGACCAGCAAGGAAUAUUUGGCAUACCCACCUCGUUCACGAUGAGUAGUGAACCCACAUCCACGAAGCCCAAUCCUCCCGAGCGAUCGGAUUCAUCUUCCUCAUCAUCCGUCGAGACAACGGAGAUACAUAACCCUAUUCCUGUCCGACCGCGACUACCCAACCGGAAAAGCAGUGGCACACUUAUAGUCCCUCGGGAUUCUUCUCAAGUCGGCCCUGUUGAGCCAGAUCUGGAGCCGGACGAUGUUAGAGCAAUGAGCCCAAGGAGGACUAGUGAGGAUAUUGAGGUUAUGGGACGCGAAGCGCGAGAAGAGCUCCACAAACACGCGAGAGCAUUACAAGAUUCUCUCCUUAUGAUAUUUAAUAGGAUAGAAGCUGUGAAGGAGGAACACGACAAGUUAGAUAACCACAACAAGUUCCUACAAAAAUAUAUCGGCGAUCUGAUGAGCACGAGUAAGAUCACUUCAACUACUAGGGGCAGGAAGUGAAGUCCUAUCACAGGAGGGAUGUUGGAGGAGGAAAGCUAGAAGAAGAAGAAGAUUACAGCCGCCAUAUCACGACGAUGGCGCCUAUGAUACCCAUACCGAAUA